AUGGAAGGCUCUACAUGGAAACUCGCCGUCUUUGCCCUGUUCGUUAUAGGAUCCGUCGCUGGAGCUUGUUAUGACAAAAGUCCUUCCUGUUUUCCUGCCAAGAGGGUUAACCGUCUGAACUGUAGACUUCCUAGUACGAAACAAGCUUGCAUGAAGUCAUGCAAUACUUGCGUCAAUGGGGGGACUGAUUGUGAGGACGAGAGACGUGACUGUAAAUCCAAGAAAUAUAGAGGUAUGAGCUGUAGAUCUCUUUUUGCGAAACGAUUUUGCAAGAAGACAUGCAACAUUUGCGGCGAUGGUGGGACUGUUGCAGAUUGUGAGGACGAGAGACGUGACUGUAAAUCCAAGAAAUAUAGACAUAUGAGCUGUAGAUCUACUUUUGCGAAACGAUUUUGCAAGAAGACAUGCAACAUUUGCGGCAAUGGCAGGACUGCUUGUUAUGACAAAAGUCCUUCCUGUCUUCUUGAAAAGAGGGUUAACCGUCUGAACUGUAGACUUUCUAGAACGAAACAAGCUUGCAUGAAGUCAUGCAAUACUUGCGUCAAUGGGGGGACUGGAUAAGUGUAGACGCGAUGACUAGUGUUUUUCCGACCUGGACAUAAAAAAAUGGUGCUUCGAAACGAAUCCUGAUAUUCAAUGACAACCCAAGCCUUCAACUGAUUGCCUUCAUAAUACGAUAGAACUGAUUUUGAUAUGUAAAUUCAAUUAAAAUGUUCCAAUAAAAACCUUUCAUCUUGAA